UUGAAAAAGCAACGGUUCCCGCUCGCGGUAUUGUUUUGUUUUUAAUUAUUUUUACUAUGCUAUUAUAUUUUAUAAGUAAUAAGUAUCAAAUACUAAAGGUUAUUUAUAGAUUGUAACUUAGAAUUGAUAAUAUUAACAAAAAUAGUGGAAACACCAAGAUGUUCAUCAAGUCUAUAGUGCUAGACGGUUUUAAAUCAUAUGGUAACAGAGUUGAAGUGACUGGGUUCGAUCCUGAAUUCAAUGCAAUUACCGGUUUAAAUGGUACAGGAAAGUCCAACAUAUUAGACUCAAUAUGCUUUGUUUUGGGUAUCACCAAUUUGUCUAAUGUGCGUGCGGGCAGUCUACAGGAGCUCAUUUACAAGCAUGGUCAAGCUGGGAUAACUAAAGCCACAGUUGCCAUUACAUUUGACAAUAGAAAAAAGACCCAGAGUCCCAUAGGGUAUGAGAAUCAUGAUGAGAUAACAGUUACAAGACAGGUGGUAAUGGGUGGAAAAAACAAAUAUCUGAUCAAUGGUAUAAAUGUACAAAACAAAAGAGUGACAGAUCUGUUCUGUUCAAUACAACUCAAUGUCAAUAAUCCACAUUUCCUCAUAAUGCAAGGAAGGAUCACAAAGGUUCUCAACAUGAAGCCUCCAGAGAUUCUAUCUAUGGUGGAAGAAGCAGCGGGCACAAGAAUGUAUGAAGCCAAAAAACAAGCAGCCCAGAAAACAAUUGAAAAGAAAGAUGCCAAGUUGAGGGAAUUGAACGAUAUUAUAAAAGAGGAUAUAGCACCAAAGCUACAGAAGCUUCAGGAUGAAAGGGCACAAUUCCAAGAGUACCAGAAGGUCGUCAGAGAAGUAGAGAACCUGAGUCGGCUGCAUGUUGCAUGGAGGUAUGUGUCAGCUGAAAAAAACGUUAAAGAGGCCCACAAUAAAGUCAAAGAGGUGGAGCUUGACAUCAAAGAGAAGAUAGAGUGCAUCAAUUCCAACAAGAGACAAGCGAAGGAGAUAGACACAGAGAUCACCGAGAUGAACAGGAGAGUUGAUGAGGAAGCAGGUAAUGUUCUGAAGAGUCUAGAGGCUGACUUAGCACAAGCGGAACUGGCGGAGUCUAGUGCUAACGCGGCGCAAAAAGUGGCCAAAGACAAUCUGGCAGCGAGCGAAGGACGCGGCCGGCUGCUACAGCGUGCGAUGGAUGACGACAGUGGGGCGCUGCGAGACAAGCGCGAGCAACUGCAGCAGGCCACGGCGACGUUCGACGGCUUGCGCACCGCGAGCGAAGCCAGCGAGGCACGUCUGGCCGCCGCGCAGGCUCGCUUCCUGGCCAUCAGCUCGGGACGUGACGGAGACGACCACUCGCUGCAAGACAGACUCAUUGAGGCAAGACAGGAGGCAUCGGAAGCGUCGACUAGGAUAUCCCAGAGCACGAUGGAGAAGAAACACGCCGAGAAGCGGCUCAUGGAGCUAGAGAAGGAAUUCAACUCCAGCAGCGCGCAGUACCAGCGUGACUUGGACACCAUCAGCGAACAGCAGGCCCGCUGUGAGCAGCUGCAGGGUGAGGUGGAACGAGCGGGGAGUGCUGCGACUGCUCUGGCGGAGGCUCGCGAGCGACACCGCGCGCUGACGGGUGCAGUACGCAGCAAGCGGGACGCGGCUGAGCGGCUGGCAGUAGCGUUGCAACGCUGCGACUUUACGUAUUCUCCGCCCGAGCCGGACUUCAACGCGGCCAGGGUGGCGGGCACCGUGUGUCGGCUGAUAGACGUGGUGGACCCGAAGUACUGCACCGCGUUGGAGACCGCGGCCGGCGGCAGGCUAUACAACGUGGUAGUGGACACGGAGAUAACCAGCAAGCUGCUGCUUCAGCGCGGCAAACUUCAGAGUCGCACCACCAUCAUCCCGCUCAACAAGAUCAGCUCGCGGCCCAUCGACCAACAGACGCUCAGAGCAGCGCAGGAGAUCGGUGGCGGCGCGGAUAAGGUGCAGCUAGCCUUAGAGCUGGUGCGGUUCCCGCAGAGUGUGCGACCAGCGCUGCAGUGGGUGUUCGGCAACACUCUGGUGUGCACCGACCUGGAAGUUGCCAAGCGCGUCACGUUCCACCCCCGCGUACGUUGCCGCUGCGUCACACUCGACGGUGACGUACUCGACCCGGCCGGUACGCUCUCGGGAGGCGCCCGUGCGAAGGGUGGGUCGGUUCUACUGCAGCUGUCCCAGCUGAAGCAGCUGGAGCAGGAAUUGCAGCAGUUGGACCGUGAGCUGGCGCAGAGCUCUGCGCAGCUGGCCACGGUACAGCAGGCGCAUGAGCAAUACACCGCGCUGAAGCACAAAUUUGAGAUGAGUUCGCAUGCGUUAACCGUGGCCCGCGAACGCGUAGCUGGCACCGCGCAUGCGCAACUGCACCAGGAGAUACAGGCGCUGCGGGAACAGGUGUCGCAGCUUACGGCCGCUGUGGAGGAAGACAAGAGGAAGCAGGAGGAGACGUCGGCGCGCGCUAGAGACCUCGAGGCGAAGGUGAAGGACAUCAAGGGACACAGAGAGAGAGAAUUCAAAAAGGCUGAAUCAGAACUGAAAAAUGCGAAAGCUGAGGCGGAGCACCACAAAAAGGAAUGGGAACUGAAGGAGCAAGACUUCGAGACGUUGAGGCUUGAGGUGCAGGAGCUGGAGAGCGGAGUGGAGACGACCAGCCGUCAGCUGCGUGAGCUGACGGACGCCAGCGGGGAACUGCGGAUAGCACUGCGGGCAGCCAGCGAGCAGCAUGACCGGGCGAAGGAAGAAAUGAAGACACUGCAGAGCAAAAUAAAAAAGCAACGUGCGGAUAUCGCGAACCGCAAUACUGAUAUAGCUCGGCUGCUCGCCAAAAAGGAACAGCUCCUGAAGCAGAACAAUGAACACGAGCUGAAGAUCAAGGAACUAGAGUACAAAAUUAAGGAGCUUAAGACCGAAGCCGUCGAGUGUGAGAAGAGAAUUAAGUCCCUGGAACACGAGCACGGUUGGAUCAGCAGCGAGAGGCAGUUCUUUGGAGCUGCAGGCGGCGUUUUCGACUUCGAGGCGCGGCCGCACCAGGUGACGUCACAGCGGCUCGCGCAACUCACCGAGCGACGAGACAGGCUGGCCCGCGGGGUCAACGCUCGCGCGCACACGCUGCUGGGCAGCGAGGAACAGCAGUACCAGGACGUGCUGAGGAAGAAAAAGAUAGUGGAGGCGGACCGCGCCAAACUGGUGCAGGUGAUGGGUGAGUUGGACGAGAAGAAGCGGCGCACGCUGGUGACGGCAUGUGAGCAGGUCAACCGCGACUUCGGCUCCAUCUUCAGCACACUGCUGCCGGGUGCGGAGGCGGAGCUACGACCACCACCGGGACUGACCGUCCUGGACGGGUUGGAGGUGCGCGUGGGUUUCAACGGCACGUGGAAGGAGUCGCUGGGUGAGCUGUCAGGUGGGCAGCGGUCUCUAGUGGCCCUGUCCCUGGUGCUGUCGAUGUUGUUGUUCAAGCCGGCGCCGCUCUAUAUCCUGGAUGAGGUGGACGCCGCGCUUGACCUCUCCCACACGCAGAACAUCGGCAUCAUGCUCAAGGAACACUUCCGUCACUCGCAGUUCAUAAUAGUGUCGCUGAAGGACGGCAUGUUCAACAACGCGAAUGUGCUCUUCCGGACGCGCUUCGUGGACGGCAUGUCGGCCGUGCAGCGCACAGUUAAUGUGCGGAGAUGAGACGUGUGCGUACACUGACAUGUGCGUACACUGACAUGUGCGCACACUGACAUGUGCGUACACUGACAUGUGUGUGGACAAGAGACUCGUAACGCACACCAAUAAGAACCUUUAUGUUUGUGUAAAUAGUAAUAAGUGUUUUUGUUUCAAAUAAAUUUGAUUUUUUAGAUAUAAAUGC